AUGGGUAUCUCACGCGACUCCCGCCACAAGCGUUCGGCCACCGGUGCGAAGAGGGCCACCUACCGCAAGAAGAGGGCGUUCGAGAAGGGUCGCCAGCCCGCCAACACCCGUAUCGGUGCUAAGAGAAUCCACCUGGUCCGCACCCGUGGUGGCAACCGCAAGUUCCGUGCCCUCCGUCUCGAGUCGGGCAACUUCUCGUGGGGUUCCGAGGGCAUCUCCCGCAAGACCCGUGUCAUCGUUGUGGCCUACCACCCCUCCAACAACGAACUGGUCCGCACCAACACCCUGACCAAGUCCGCCGUCGUUCAGAUUGAUGCCGCUCCCUUCAGACAAUGGUACGAGGCUCACUACGGCCAGCCCAUCGGCCGGAGACGCCAGCAGAAGGCCGCCGAGACCACCGCCGAGAAGAAGAGCAACAGCGUCGUGAAGAAGCAGGCCGCUCGCUUCGCCGACCACGGCAAGGUCGAGACCGCCAUCGAGAAGCAGUUCGAGUCCGGUCGCCUGUACGCCGUCAUCGCCUCCCGCCCCGGCCAGAGCGGUCGUGUGGACGGUUACAUCCUGGAGGGUGACGAGCUGGCUUUCUACCAGCGUGCUAUCCGCAAGUAA